AUUUAUCACAGAACAAAUUCGGACAGGCUCACGAGCAGGACCAAAGCAGCGGCAUAGGCUGGACUUCCUGUAUUCUGCGCUCUAUGUUUAAUUCUCAGACCUCUGGUGCUCUGAUUCGGGUGCAUCCACAAGGGUGGGUGUGUCUGUGCGGAUAGAGGUCAGAGGGGAGUUUGGCACAGUGGCCCUUGAGUAACCACAGGGACAAGGGGCAGAGGGGAAUAGGCCUGGUCUGCAGACAGGAGACACCUUGAAUGGCACAGAUGAAGAGCUAUUCUGGCUGGAUGAGCUGGUGUAAUUUGACACUGUGUUGGAUCUUGCUCUUCAACGUCUCUGGACAGAGGGCCACUAAUGUACCCUGUGAUGGAAGAGACUGCACUGUGUGUCAGUGUUUCCCACCAAAGGGAGCUCAGGGUGUGCCAGGAAAUCUGGGGAGACAGGGUCCACGGGGUCCACCAGGGUCCCCAGGCUCUCAGGGUUCAGCGGGAGAGAAGGGGAGACAGGGUGAAAUGGGUUUGCGGGGGUCAGAUGGACCAGAAGGGGACAAAGGCUUGACUGGAGUUCCUGGUUUUCCUGGACCGGAUGGCAUCCCCGGCCACCCUGGGCCAGCCGGUCCUCGAGGUCUUCCUGGGCCGGACGGCUGCAACGGGUCGAGUGGGCCACCCGGUUUCCCUGGACCUCCAGGGUCAGACGGACGUCCUGGAGCUCCGGGGUUGUACGGAGUCAAAGGAGCGAAGGGCGAACCUAACUAUUAUUCUACAUUACCGGGUGUUCCAGGUGACCCUGGACCACCAGGGGAUCCUGGUUUUUCUGGGAGGCCAGGUGUCAUUGGCCCCAGAGGUCCCAACGGCUCAGCUGGGCCGACCGGACAGCAUGGUGUACCUGGUUCACCUGGACCGAGAGGCCCUCCUGGUGACACAGGCAGAUCACUGCUGGGGCAAAAGGGUGAGCUGGGAGAGCAAGGGAAGCCAGGCCCGCCUGGCCCUUUCGAGAUUGUGGACCUACCAGAGGAUGCGUACAUAAAAGGAGCUAAGGGUGAUCCAGGCCCGAAGGGAGUGUGUGGACCCCGCGGCCCUUCUGGAUUCGAUUCUCCCUUUGGAAUGAAAGGAGAGAAGGGUAUUGUUGGACCUCCUGGAGCCCGGGGGUUUCCUGGGAACCCUGGCCUGCCUGGUUUCCUUGGAGUGAAGGGGUAUGCUGGGACCCCCGGACUUCCCGGUUUGAAUGGAAAUGUGGGCCCAAAGGGCUACACCGGAGACAUUGGGCCAAGAGGACCCGUGCAAUAUGAAGAUUAUGAAGGUGCAACAGGUAAUUCUGGGGACCCUGGCAGUCCUGGACCAAGGGGGCCCCCAGGAGACCCCGGGUUCAUGGGCCUGCCAGGUCCACCAGGGCGGCCAGGAGAGUCCACCCCAGGGCCACCAGGUCGGCCAGGUGAUCCAGGCAUCCGAGGCCCUAAAGGGUACAAGGGGGAGCCUGGGAGAGUCGACUUCAUGACGAUUAUUCCUGGACCACCAGGGCCGCAAGGGCCUCAGGGGCCCAAAGGUGUCAGGGGUGAGCCAGGGCGAUCAGGCCGUGAUUGCAGCCCAGGUCUGAAGGGUGAGGAUGGAGAUAAAGGAGAAAGAGGCCAACCUGGAGAAUCAGGGUACAGAGGAGCAAAAGGCUGCCCUGGGGACUGUUUAUGUCUCACUCCUGGAGGGGGGCCUCCAGGCCGCGAAGGGCCACGGGGGCCGCCAGGGCAAAAUGGGCGGCCCGGGAGGCAAGGCGAGAGGGGUGAUACAGGCCCCCAGGGGGACCCUGGAGGAUAUGGACCUGAUGGAAUCCCAGGCUUCCCUGGUUUAAAAGGGGUGAAAGGUCAGAAAGGGGAACCCUUUGCGAUACGCCUUAAAGGGAUGAAGGGAGAGAGGGGUACUGGCGGUCCUGCCGGCCCUCCAGGUUUCCCAGGGCCACUGGGGGAGGAUGGAUAUCCUGGUGAAAGAGGGGACCCAGGACCCCCGGGAGAUUCUUACCCAGGGUUCCCAGGUGAAAAGGGGUAUAAGGGUUUGGAUGGGAUCAAAGGCCGCCCAGGGCCUGCAGGACCCCCAGGCAAUAGGUUUAUUGGCCCCGUUGGGCUGAAAGGCCUCCAAGGAGAUCAGGGUCCUCCAGGACCCCCAGGAUAUCCAGGACCCAAAGGUGUCAAUGGUGACACAUCUCACCGUCAACCGUGUCUGCCUGGCCCACCUGGGCCAAAGGGUUACCCUGGCGACAAAGGAAAUCCAGGGCAAGACGGACCGCCAGGGUACAAUGGACGUCCAGGCCAGAGUGGGUCCAAAGGUCAGAGUGGAGACCCAGGGGACUCAGGAGCAGUUGGACCCAAAGGGCUCAUGGGACCUCAAGGUGAUCCAGGAUUCCCUGGCCGCGUUGGAGAGAGUUUCGAUGGAUCGCCCGGCUCACCUGGACCGCAGGGUCGCCCCGGCCCGAAAGGGCAGGCUGGGGAUAGCUUCAGUGGUGCACCAGGGGAACCGGGUCGAGCAGGACUCCCGGGGAGGCCUGGCCCUAAAGGGGUCAGAGGGCAGCCUGGCUCAUCUGGACCAGAAGGAGCCCCAGGGGCGCCUGGAAUAGGCUAUAAAGGAAAUCAAGGAGAUGUCGGUGCUUCAGGUGUGCCUGGCCCCCCAGGCCCCUUUCCAUUGGGGUGUGAACCUGGGCCCCCAGGCCUGCCUGGGCUACCCGGGAGUAAAGGCUCCAUGGGCCUUCCAGGUUACAGUGGGGAGAAAGGUGUAAGGGGAGAUACAGGCUUCCCUGGCAGUGGAAGUAAGGGAGCCCCAGGGAAUAGAGGCCCUUCAGGACUUCCAGGAUAUCCUGGGCUACCAGGUCCCCCAGGACUCCAAGGGGAACCUGGUUUCCCAGGGCCACCUGGGCUAAAAGGUCUUCCUGGGUUACCUGGCAGGAAUGGAUCACAUGGUCAGACAGGACGGCCUGGCCUUCCUGGAUUUCCAGGGAGAAAAGGACAGAGGGGCCCAGAGGGCUUUAUUGGGCCACCCGGGUAUUUUGGAAUUAAAGGAUCCAAAGGUGUCAAAGGUCAACCUGGGCCACCAGGACCUGUGAACUUCUACAGCAAAGGCCGAAAGGGAAAACCUGGACCCAACGGUCUUGAGGGAAAGGAAGGUUCCCAAGGUGACAGGGGGAGGCCAGGAGAAAUGGGCCCACCAGGGUUGGACGGAGGGAGCGGCACACCAGGCUUUGAACCUGGGCCACAGGGGCUGCCAGGGAGGUUUGGCCCACCUGGACCACCAGGCCCAGCUGGGCCCCCAGGGCCGCGGGGGAGCAAUGGUUUUCAGGGUGAAAAGGGAGACCCGGGUGAUUUCGGGUACAGCGGCCCUCCUGGCCUCCCUGGCGAACAAGGAUACCCUGGUAUUAAAGGUGACCCCGGAGACCCAUCUUUUAUUCCAGGGCCACCUGGGCCACCAGGUCCUCCAGGCAAUAGAGGAAGCCCAGGUAGUCAAGGUGUCAAAGGUGAAGACGGAUACCCAGGUUUCCCAGGCCCCACAGGACCAGGGGGGCCUCCUGGUCCCCCAGGAGUAACUGGGAUAACUGGGUCUCCAGGAUCCCCUGGUUCCCUAGGUCUGAAGGGUAGUCCAGGACUGGCCGGUCCAAUGGGACCUCCUGGACAGCCUGGGCCUCCGGGACCCCCAGGAAGCUUUGGACGGCCAGGUAGCCCGGGACCCCCAGGUCUCCCUGGUUUGGACGGCCUGAGGGGACAGAAGGGUGAGAAGGGGAGCAGAGGCUUAGAUGGGACAGGCCCCCAGGGACUCCCAGGAUACCCAGGGGCAAAGGGCCCCAAAGGCAACCCAGGGCCUAAGGGACGCAGCUUCCCAGGUCCCAAAGGCCUGACUGGGUCACCUGGAUUUCCAGGCUCGCAGGGACCGCCUGGUCGUCCUGGGGAGGCAGGCAGAGACUGCACAAACAUCGUAAUUGGGCCAGGUGGAGAUGCCGGUUCCCUUGGUCCACCUGGGCUACCAGGACCGAUGGGUGACAUCGGGUUUCCUGGGCCGGCGAUGCCAUUCCCGGGGGACCCAGGGGACUAUGGCGGGCCAGGAUAUCCAGGAACUAAAGGAGAAGGGGGUUUCCAGGGCCCCACAGGACUACCAGGAUUCCCAGGGCUGUCAGGGCCCCAAGGUGAGAAGGGGUCGCCUGGAUUUAUGGGCAACCCGGGAUUCAGAGGCUCUCCAGGCUCACCUGGAUCUCAGGGAAUGCAAGGAGAGCGAGGGAUGGAUGGGGAGCAAGGUCCAAAAGGCGACAAGGGUGACAAUGCGUAUUAUGACCGUCCCCCACCAGGCCCGGCUGGUCAGCCUGGGCCCUCUGGAUACCCUGGUGACCGUGGAGACCGUGGAAGACCGGGUCCUAGUGUCCCAGGGAGAAAGGGUAUGACGGGGACGCCUGGGUUCCCAGGACCGAACGGGCCCGCAGGACAGCCGGGAUCACCAGGAGACUAUGGAACCCCUGGAGAAAGAGGUUUUCCUGGACCACAAGGUCCCCCUGGCCCAGAGGGUGACCGAGGAUAUCCAGGUUCUGAUGGGCUGUAUCACUAUGGCUUCCUGGUAGUCAUGCACAGCCAGUCAGAGCAAACUCCUGUGUGUCCACUAAACAUGGCCACUAUGUGGACAGGCUAUAGUCUGCUCUACCUGGAGGGUCAAGAGAAAGCACACACACAGGACCUGGGUCAGGCUGGAUCCUGUUUACCGAUGUUCAGCACCAUGCCCUUCUCCUAUUGCAAUAUGGCCACAUGUAACUAUGCCAGCCGCAAUGACAAAUCCUACUGGCUGUCCACCACGGCGGCCGUGCCCAUGAUGCCCAUUGUGGAGGCAGAGAUUCAGCGUUACAUCAGCCGCUGCACGGUGUGCGCAGCCACCUCCCCUGCCGUGGCCGUGCACAGCCAGGACUACUACACUCCCAGCUGUCCGCCAGGCUGGAGGACACUAUGGAUUGGCUACUCCUUCCUCAUGCACACGGGGUCCGGCGACGAGGGCGGCGGCCAGUCGCUGACGUCGUCGGGAAGUUGCCUGAAGGACUUCCGCACCCAGCCUUUCAUCGAGUGCCAGGGCCCGCGCGGCACCUGCCACUACUUCGCCAACGCCUACAGCUUCUGGCUGUCCCGUGUGGGUGGGCCCGACCAGUUCAGCCCCUCGCCCACUCCUAGCACGCUAAAGGAAGAGUCGCAGCAGCGCCAGGCCACCAGCCGAUGCAGCGUCUGCAUGAAGGAAUGAGAAACACCACCUCCAGCACCCCCACCCCCCACCCCCCACCCCCCAACACUUCCCAUGUGCCCUGCUCGUCUUCUUUCCUUCAGACUGCAGAUGCCAUGUUCCCUCCCCUUUCAAUCUCACCCAUUUUCAACAAAUUUCAGCUAGAGGUAACACUGAUAUAGCUCCAGUGUGUUCUGUAAUGAUGCUGUACAGCUGGCCGCUCUGUCACGGAUGCGCACGCCCAUUGGUUCUGAGCUCCAUGCGGACAAAGACAGUAGGAUGUGGACUUCAGAGUCCUUGACAUGACUGCCAUUCAGCAUCCAGAAGCGUGGUCCAACUUAAUAGAGGUGUCAAAACACAGGAGGCCUGUACACUUGCUACUGUGUCAUUAACGCUGUCAGUCAUCCCUUAUCAUUGGAUAUUAAUCUGCUGUGACUAAUGCUUGGUUUAAUACACUGAACCGAAAACCGCAUUUAUUUCUCUAAAUAAAUGGCACAGUUUAAAACUAA